ACCUUUUUGAUGUACCAAGAACCACUAUGGCAACGAUGCAAAAUCCAUGUCCUAUAGCACAGCCAUCAAAUUGUCCACCACAACUGCCUGAGCCACCUUCUCCUCUUCACUCAGAAUCAUUGCAACCACCACUGCAUCCUAUUCCUAACCCAGAAUCACCACAGCCACCAGAUCCACCUUCUCCUCUUCACUUAGAAUCUUUGCAUUCUAUUUCCAACCUAGAAUUGUCACGGCCACCAGAACCACCUUUUCCUCUUGACCCAGAGUCAUUACAGCCACCACUGCCUUCUAUUCCCAACAUAGAAUCACCGCAGCUGCCACCACGACCACCAAGUUCCAUGAGAGAUGACCUGGAAUCCCAACAAGUUCAUUCAUAUGUUGCUCAGCAGAACCUGCAGUGGCAAAAUGCCAUACUUGCAUUUUGCUUUACAUCUGCAAUACAAAUAUCUCUCCAGUUUGCAAAAUCCCAAUCCAAACCACCCCUUCCCUUCAGUUUGGUUUCUUUUGCAAUCUUGCUUACAUUUGCCCUUAUCUCGAUUGCAAAGAUGAUCAGCAGGGAGCUUACCAAGGUAUCACAAGUGUUGGAGAAUGUCGCAUUUCUCAUUGCUACAGCUACAUUCUGCUACACCACCACAAUUCCCUUCUCCGUUGGCUUCAAGUGUGUUGUCUGGUCUAUCUUCACCAUUUCCUUGCUUAUUCUUGUCAUUUACAAGUGCUUCUGUUAUAUUGUUGCAUAACAUUUAUGGCAUGUAAAUUAAAAAGGAAGAUGGCCUGGCUAGAAAUAGCAUCUCCUUUUUCCUUGUCUCUCUCUUUUGGAAUGUGUAAGAAAUAGCUUUCAAAUUG